AUGUGUAACACACCAACUUACUGUGACCUCGGAAAGGCUGCCAAGGAUGUCUUCAACAAAGGAUAUGGGUUUGGCAUGGUCAAAAUAGAUCUGAGAACCAAGUCAUGUAGUGGAGUGGAAUUUUCUACUUCUGGUCAUGCUUAUACUGACACAGGGAAAGCAUCAGGCAAUCUAGAGACAAAAUAUAAAAUCUGUAACUAUGGACUUACAUUCACCCAAAAAUGGAACACAGAUAAUACUCUUGGAACAGAAAUCACUUGGGAGAAUAAGUUGGCUGAAGGGUUGAAACUGACUCUUGAUACCACAUUUGUCCCGAACACAGGAAAGAAGAGUGGGAAAUUGAAGGCCUCCUAUAAACGGGAUUGCUUCAGUCUUGGCAGUAAUGUGGAUAUAGAUUUUUCUGGCCCAACCAUCUAUGGCUGGGCAGUAUUAGGCUUUGAAGGUUGGCUUGCUGGCUAUCAGAUGAGUUUUGACACAGCCAAAUCCAAACUGUCACAGAAUAAUUUUGCCCUGGGUUACAAGGCUGCAGACUUCCAGCUGCACACUCAUGUGAAUGAUGGCACUGAAUUUGGAGGGUCUAUCUACCAGAAGGUUAAUGAGAAGGUUGAAACGUCAAUAAACCUUGCUUGGACAGCUGGCAGUAACAACACCCGUUUUGGCAUCGCUGCUAAAUACAAGUUGGAUUGUAGAACUUCUCUAGCUGCUAAAGUAAAUAACGCCAGCCUGAUUGGACUGGGUUAUACUCAGACUCUUCGGCCAGGUGUCAAACUGACCCUAUCAGCUUUAAUCGACGGAAAGAACUUCAAUGCAGGAGGUCACAAGGUUGGGUUGGGAUUUGAACUAGAAGCUUAA